CCGCAGCCAAUGUACACAAGUCACUUGACAAGCGCCGUUCGCACUGCAAACAAAAGGCACUUGGCGCGACCACCGGAUCGUGUUGUGGUGUGCGAGUUGAGAUCGGUUUCCAGACGGGGCCGGAGAGAUAACGCGAAACAAUAGAGUUAGAAGAAGAACGCUGGUGCGCUUGUGUGGUGAAUAACGUCCCGCCCAAGCACCUAUGAGAGUGGAAGCGGAAAGGUUAAAGCACAAGGCAAAGACUAUCCUUCGCACGCUAGGCGCAUGCGGAACGGACGCAUCGCCGAGUCACUCCAAAAGGAUGGAUGCACAGACGAAACAAAACCUACAGGAACGGCGUAAAGCCCGCUCGCUGAUCAAAACCGUCAUCAAUGUCGGACACAAGUUUCUCAUCCUGCUCGUCCGGUGGCUGUCGCGCACGAUCUAUGGCGAGCACGGCAAACGGAUGCCGCCGAUCACCAACCUCAUACUGAUGGAAUCGGCCACCUCGCUCGCGACGAAAAUCCGCACACGCAAGCUAACGAGCGUCGAGGUAACGCAAGCCUUCAUCGACCGUUGCCGGGAGAUUAACCCACUGCUAAACUGUGUGGUAGACGAGCGGUUCGCGGAAGCGCUGAAAGAUGCGGAACGGGCGGACAAGCUGGUCGCCUCCGGUACGAUGAGCGUGGAGCAGCUCGAGCGCGAAAAACCAUUCCUCGGGGUGCCGAUAUCCACGAAGGACUGCAUACGGGUGCAGGGCCUGCUGCACACGUCCGGCAUUUGGAAUCGGCGGAACAUACGCGGCGACAAGGAUGCGCGCGCGAUGGAGCUGAUGCGGCAGGCCGGUGCCAUACCCUUUGCCCUGACGAACGUGUCCGAGUGUUGCAUGUGGUGGGAAAGUGUGAACACCAUUCACGGCCGCUCGAGAAACCCUUACGAUGCGAAUCGUAUCGUCGGUGGAUCGAGCGGUGGCGAAGGCUGCAUCCAGGCGGCGGCCGGCUCCGCGUUCGGGUUGGGCUCGGACAUUGGUGGAUCGAUCCGGAUGCCUGCCUUCUUCAACGGUGUCUUCGGCCACAAACCGUCCAAGUUUGUCGUCUCAAACGAGGGCCAGUACCCGGUAGCGCUGUCCGAGGAACAGAAUUCAUUCCUAGGUAUCGGACCGAUGUGUCGCUAUGCCACCGAUCUGAAACCAAUGCUGCGUAUCAUUGCCGGCGAGAACGCGACCAAACUGCGCCUCGAUGAACCGGUCGAUCUGAAGCAGGUGAAAUUCUUCUAUCAAAUUAACGACGGCGGUGCGCAUCUCGUUUCGCCCGUCGAUCUGGACAUUCGCGACGCAAUGGAGAAGGUGAUGGCACACUUCCGGGCCACCGUAAAGGCGGAGGUGAAGAAGGUGUAUCUGGACAAGAUGCGCAAAUCGGCACCGAUGUGGUUGGCCAACAUGAAAACCCCAUCGAAGGUUGGGUUCGAUUCGCAGCUAGUGAAUCUGGAAGGUGCGAUCAAUCCGUGGCUUGAGCUGGUCAAGUGGCCAUGGCGCAUGUCCAACCACACGCUGAUCGGCAUACUGACGGCACUCACCGAGAGGGGGGGUGUGAAGUAUGGUUCGGACGAGUACCACUAUUACGUGCAGCAGAAGCAGGAACUCGGGAACGAGUUCCGUGAUAUGUUGGGUGAGAAUGGGGUGUUUAUCUACCCGACCCAUCCGACGGUGGCUCCGUACCACAAUGAGCCGUUGAUUCGCGCACUCAACUUUAGCUACACGGCCGUAAUCAAUGUGCUCGGGCUGCCGGCAACGGCCGUACCGCUCGGGUUGGGUCGUGAGGGAUUGCCGAUCGGGUUGCAGGUAGUGGCGGGCGUCAAUCAGGACCGGCUGUGUCUGGCCGUGGCCUGUGAACUGGAACGUGCCUUCGGUGGAUGGGUAGCACCGGAGGUGAAAGCCUAGAAAAAACCACCUCGACUGGAAGCAGCAGACUGGAUUUUUUUUAAAUUGCAAUACGAUGAAGGGAAACGGGCACGUGAUGCCGGGGUUCGGGGGUUUUGAAAGAGUUUGGGCGCGAACAAACACGUUGGUUGUUCCAAUUAAAACGAACAAGGAAGAGUAUAGAUGUAUUUUUGGUCGUGUUAACGGGUUUUGAUCGAAUUAUAUUACUGAAAGAUGUUUUAUGUAUGGGAUGAAAAUAAAUUCUACCGCUUAAAACGAAAUGUCCUUGAUGUUUAGUUUUGUUUGUUUGUGCGAAUGCUUAAAGUUCACCUUUAAUCAUUUUAUGAAUACAAAAGCACACACUCGCCAUGGACUAGUUUUUUUUUAAUUUAUUCGUGUUAGAAUCCUAUUUGUGCUCUAGUAAAAACGAUUGGUUGAAAUAAAUAGUAUUUUUGCAA